GCCCAUUCCCAGGUGAGUCGACAGCCCUCACAAAGCCAGAAGCAACAUAAAGGUUUCUUACCUCGCAUCUUCUCCCACUGCAAUAACAGGUGGAAGUGACACACCUGCACACACCUGUGAUAUUCCUGUUGGAGUUUACUCUUCAUCUCUGUCUGUGUCUCUUCAGGCAGGAUGGAGACAUGUAUGAUGAAACCAGAAGUCAAAAAGAAGCCAAACCCACCGAAGCCUCCUCUCAAGCCUUCAGAGAUUAAAAGAAUGGAGCAAGAGAAACUACAGAAAGGAACUCCUCUGGUGCCUCAACGACCUGCAGACGCUGAACUCGGUCAAACACAAUACCGAAAGAGAGGAGCAGCAACAACAAACACUGAGGCGAAUGGGAACUCUAUACAAACUCCUGUGGUUCCACCCAGACCCACAGAAAAGGAACUUAAGGACGCCACCAGAUACAGCCAACGCAAGAGGAUACAGGCUGGGGACACACAGAGCCAACCAGGAGUUAACAAAGAGGAAACCGCCAUUAAGCAGACUGAUCAGUCGGUCCUGACUGGAAUGUUUCGCCGGAGCCAAAAAGAGAAACCGCCUUCGUUCACUAGUUACGUGGCCCCAGACAAAGAGGAAAUCACUGAAGAUCUCCCGGCCAAAAAGACCCUUGGCAGCAAAUCGGCCGGUCUGAAGGGAGUUAUGAAAGGGUUACAGAUCAAGUCGUCACCGAAGGUCAGCAGAGAGCCGAGUCCAGAACCCAGAAGCGAGGAAGCCGGCUCAGAAAAGGAAGAAAAAAACAAGCCCGAAAGAAAUGCCGAAGCUAAACAGGAUAUCGGAGAUAAGAUUGCAGGAAUGUUCCGCAAAACUCCCAAAGAGAAAUCGUCGUCUCCUGCUGUGACGGUCCACAAAGCAGACAGUGAUCCUGAAGAUGAAGAAGAGGAAGAGGAAGAAGCUGAAGAUCAGGAAAAGGGAGGCUUCUUCUCUGGCAUCCAUAGAAAAUCCCACAAAACAACAGACGAGACACCGGCGCAGGACAGUCUGAGCGUUCACAGCGAUCUGUCUGCCAGCAGCGACAGUCUGUCUGAAAACAGCAACAAGGAAAAAGGAGGAAUAUUCAGCGGGAUGUUCAAGAAGUCUCCCAAACAAACAGACGUUGCUCAAACUGACGAGGACCGACAGUCUUUACAUGACGAUCUGUCGGGCAGUAGUGACAAUCUGUCUGAAAAAUCAAAGGAAAAAGGAGGGUUUUUCAGCGGGAUGCUAAGAAAGUCUCCCAAGGUUUCUAGAGAGGGAACACCUGGACAGGGUUCAGAGACGUUACACAGCGAGCUCUCUGCCAGCUCUGACAGCCUGUCGGAGAACAAGGAGAAAGGAGGUUUGUUCAGUGGACUCCUCAGAAAGACCCCCAAAACACCCGGAGAGGAGAAUCUAUCGGCACAGAAAGAUCUUUCAGCCAGCAACGACAGUCUGUCUGAAGCGACCAACACUAAGGUGAAAGGAGGUUUCAGUGGAUUGUUCAAGCGGUCGUCCACACUUGAAGACAGUGCUGCUGCAGAGGAAGAAACACAAUCAAAAAACGAUGAACUCACAGGCAGCAGUGAAGCUCUCAACACUAAGGAAAAAGGAGGAAUAUUUAGUGGAAUAUUCAAGAAAACUCCUAAAUCUGCAGAAGCUGCUCAACCUGAGGAGGACGAGUCUCCUGACAGCGAUCUCUCAGCCAGCACUGAGAAUUUAUCUGGGAACAAACAGGAGAAAGGUGGAAAGUUGUUUGGCGUUCUCCUUAAAAAGACUCCCAAAGCGUCUGGAGAAAAGACAGAAUCUCCGAAAGGAGAGGCUGAGAAAGAGCUGUCUGCCAGCAAUGAUGACCUGUCUGAGAAUAACACACCUAAGGAGAAAAAUAUUUUCAGCAACAUGUUUAAGAAGCCACAGAAACCUGCAGAGGGCGCCGCAGCAGACAAGGACGAGUUGCUCGACAGCGAUCUCUCUGCCAGCACUGAGAAUUUAUCUGGGAACAAACAGGAGAAAGGUGGAAAGUUGUUCGGCGGACUCCUUAAAAAGACUCCCAAAGCGUCCGGAGUGAAGGCAGAGACUCUGGAAGGAGAGGCUAAUAAAGAGCUGUCGGCCAGCAAUGAUGACCUGUCUGAGAAUAACACACCUAAGGAGAAAAAGAUUUUUAGCAACAUGUUUAAGAAGCCACAGAAACCUGCAGAGGGCGCCACAGCAGACAAGGACGAGUUGCUCGACAGCGAUCUCUCUGCCAGCACUGAGAAUUUAUCUGGGAACAAACAGGAGAAAGGUGGAAAGUUGUUCGGCGGUCUCCUUAAAAAGACUCCCAAAGCGUCCGGAGAGAAGGCAGAGACUCUGGAAGGAGAGGCUGAGAAAGAGCUGUCAGCGAGCAAUGAUGACCUGUCUGAGAAUAACACACCUAAGGAGAAAAAUAUUUUUAGCAACAUGUUUAAAAAGCCUCAGAAACCUGCAGAGGGCGCCGCAGCAGACAAGGAGCUGGAGGUGAACUCAGAAAAACUGUUAUCUGGUAGCUGUGAGAAUCUGGAGGACACCCCCGCCCCAAAGGAGAAAAAAGGAGGCCUGGCUGGCAUCUUCAAAAGAUCAGGGAGCAUCGACAACCUGUUUGACGAGGAGAAAGGCGGGCUGUUCGGUGGUCUUCUUAAGAAACCCCCCAAAGUGUCUGGAGACGAGGCGACAGCAGAGGACAAGGACGACCAGAAGGAGCUGUCAGCGAGUAAUGACAGUCUGUUUGAAACAACAACACAAAGGUACUUGUUUUUCUGUUUUCAGGAGAAAAAUAUUUUCAGUGGCAUGUUUAAAAAGACUCCUAAACCAUCAGAGGGGACGAUAACAGACGAGGAAUUUAUCGAGGAUACGAAGUUAUCAGACAGUUGUGAAAAUCUUUUAGAAGCAAACAAAGCAAAGGAGAAGACAGGAGGACUGGCAGGGAUCUUCAAGAAGUCUCCAAAACCGUCUCCACGCCUACUCGCUGCGAAGGAUCCUCUCAAGGACACAAGCGAUCUUUACGGCAGCUGCGACAGCCUGCCAGGAUACGGAGAGGAUGAUCUUUCAGCACUCGGUGAAUGGUCCAACAGUAACGAUAAUCUUAUUGAAACCACAAAGGAGAAAAAAGGAGGGUUCGCUGGAAUAUUCAGGAGGACGCCCAAAACAAUUGAACAACAGGACAGUGAGGACUUGGAGGCACCGACAGGAGGCAUCGGGCUGAGGCGCAGGAAAACCAUCAAGAAGAAAAAAAGAAAAGCCUCAGGAGCACCAGGAGUGUUAGCAGCUAUUCUUCACUGUGGUUUAGAUGUUAUAUCAUGA